GAAGCCUUUACUUUCGAUUCAUCAGAGUUGGACGAUAUUUUUCUUGAGGAUAGUCUGCUGGAAACUCCUUCAAAAUUCAAACUUCCAAGGAAGCAAGGAGCCACGAGCAUGACAUCGCAGGCGGGCGAUUCACAUUCGUCUGAAAUUCUGGUGGCUCUGCCUGUAGCAAGCAAUAUCCUACCUGCGAAAGAUUCGGCAGCGCAGCCUGUAGUAAGUGCAGACUCACCGUCACCUACGGAAUUUUCGGCGGCGCAGCUGCGCCUAGUCUUC